UCUAUUUGAAAAAGAGUUUAAUUUGCCACUGAGUUUCAUAGUUAAGUAAUUUAUCAUCAAGCAAAGAAAAAUGGCUGAUGGUUUGAAAGUCCUUGUUACUGGAGCAGCAGGUCAGAUCGCGUAUUCCUUGUUGUAUUCAAUUGCUAAUGGAGAUGUGUUUGGCAAAGAUAAGUCCAUAACUCUAGUAAUGCUCGAUAUUGCUCCGAUGGCUGAAGCUUUGAAAGGUGUGGUCAUGGAAUUGCAAGAUUGUGCCUUGCCAAGUCUCAAAAACGUCAUUUCAACCACUGACGUGAAAGAAGCUUUCACUGAUAUUGACUUCGCCAUCCUGGUUGGAGCCAUGCCACGCAGACAAGGAAUGGAAAGGAAAGACCUGUUGAAAGCGAACGCGAAGAUAUUUGUGGAGCAAGGACAAGCUUUGGAGAAAUAUGCAAAGAAGACAGUGAAGGUGUUGGUUGUUGGCAAUCCAGCGAACACAAAUUGCCUCAUAGCCCUCACAUGCGCACCAAGUAUCCCGAAAACCAACUUCACGUGUUUGACGAGACUUGAUCAAAACCGUGCACAGUCUCAGAUUGCUUCACGUCUCGGUGUGUCCAACGACAGUGUGUCUAACAUGAUAAUAUGGGGAAACCAUUCAUCAACUCAGUUCCCCGAUGCAGCUCAUGCGUCUGCUGUAGUUGGUGGGUCUACAGCUAAUGCAGUGGAAGCUGUAAAAGAUGAUGCUUGGCUUAAUGGAGACUUUAUAUCUACUGUCCAGAAGCGUGGUGGUGCAGUCAUUGCUGCUCGUAAGUUAUCGAGCGCCAUGUCGGCAGCAAAGGCGAUCUGUGACCAUGUUCGUGACUGGUAUUUUGGUACCAAGGGUGACAACUUCUCAAGAGCUCAAUUGCGAAACAAAUGGAAAAAGUUAAAGGAAUCUUACAUAGAACAUACAAAGAGAAUAUCGAAUGGUGGAGAAGAGGGUGAAGCUGUAUUGGGCAUGUGGCCUUAUUAUGACAUCAUGCAUCGCUUAAUGACAGCACAACCGCAUCGACAAAUAGCAAUUGUAGCCCCUGGUCUCAGCAACUUGAAAGAAGAUACAAGUGAUAGCGAUGUCUUGGAGAAUGAGUUCUUGAUACAAAAUAUCAGUGGAAUGUCAACUAUGGGUGGCGUGUCAACUAUAGGCGGCGUGUCAACUAUGUGUAGCAUGUCAACUCAGGGCAACAUGGUUACUUGUGGACUUUCUUCUUGUUCCAAUACCACAACAGAUGUAGUGACAUGUGGAAUUAUCCCAAGCACCAUCACGUUGCAUGGUCGACCUGAUAAAACACAAACUUUUCAAGAUGAAAUGGAAGAAGAAAUAUCUUCUCUCAUGAAUACAACCACAACUACUACACCAAGUUCAGUAGAUGCCCAUCAGCUGUUCUUUCUCAGCGUUGCCCAAGAAACUAAAAAUUGGUCGGACUUGGACAAAGCAAAGUUGAAAUUAGAGAUUAGAAAAUUAAUCCUUUCUAUUCAAUUUGGGCAAUAAUUUUCAUUUUUUAUUUUCAUUUCUAUGUAUACUUCAAACAAGUUUUUACAGUUUAAUGUAAAUAAUAGUUAUGAUAUAACACAGAAAUAUCAAGUGCAUCUUUUGUAAAACUUUUAUAUGAAAUAAAAUCAAUCAUUGAUUUGACUGUG